AUGCUCGGGCACGAUCUACUCGUCGACCUACUGCUUCAUCUUGGGGCAAACAUCGAGCUCGUAGAUGAGGAUGGCUGGCCUCUCCUUCACCGCGCAGCAAAGCACGGUCAUCUUAAUGUCUGCCGCGUCCUGAUCUCGCGCGGUGCUGACUUGCACGCACGCGGAAACGGUCUAUUACCACUGCAUGUUGCUGCUCAGUCCGGACAUGCGCACGUCCUGGAGUAUUUCCUCGAUAUCGACCCAUUGGUCAACAUCGACGAAGAAGACGCGAAUGGGACCAACGCUCUCUAUACUGCGACGAUACAUGGGCAUCUUGAGGUCGUCACGCUGCUUCUCUCUCGUGGGGCGAAUGUGAAUGGCACUGAC